AUGAGUUCAGAUAAAGAUUUGACUGCGAAUUUAUCAAAUAUUAGAAGUGUUGGUAGUCAUUUAGCUGUACAAGAUCAUGAGGUUGAUCUUGAUGCUGUUUUAUCGAAUCAAUUAUCAUUAGGUCAAGUUGCUUCCACUUUAACUGAUAAACAAAAGUACUUUGUCUUAAAAAGAUUACAUUUUGAUGCGUUGACUUCAUUAGAAAAUUUACCACCAACAGUCUUGUUUAUUUUUGAAAAAAUUGAACAAUUUCCAAUUGAAGAAGCUGUUAAUGUAUUGGAAGAAGCUAUACCUGAACAUAAAGAUGAUCCUAAUAUUCAAGAUAAAGAUUUGGAGCUUUGGAAACAGUUGUUAAAUUAUCAGGGUGGUAAAGUAGAAUCUGUCAAGGAUAAACUCACUGAUAAUUUCGCUAAUGAAAAAGAAGCAUCCAUUGAUUAUGAUAUUCAUUCGGAUGAUGCUAGUGAAAGUACAUCAAAUUCUCAUUUUGAUUACACCGAAAUCGUUGAUUGGAACUUACAAAUAAGAUUAGAAGGUGUAUUGGUUGCUUAUUGGUCACCUUAUCCUGAAGUUAGAUCUGUUACAUAUCCGUAUGAUGAUCCAACAAAACCAGUUGAAACCUUACGAGUUUAUAUUGUUGGUACUAUUUGGGUUGGUUUGAGUUCGGUUAUUAAUACUUUCUUUGCUGAUCGACAACCUUCUAUUUAUUUAGCGAUGUCUGCUGCUCAAGUUUUUCUUUACCCAUCAGGUAAAUUAUUAGAAUGGAUUUUACCAAAUUGGAGUUUUAAAAUAUGGAAAUAUAAAAUUGACUUGAAUCCUGGACCAUAUACAUAUAAAGAACAAAUGUUGGUUACAAUUUUACUAGGAGUUUCGAUUGGUGGAAGUUAUGUUACAUCAAAUAUUACUAUUCAAAAAUUGCCAAACUUUUACAAUAAUGAUUGGGCAGAUUGGGGUUAUCAAGUUUUACUUAUUCUUUCAACAAAUUUUUUGGGGAUUGGGUAUGUUCUUUAAAAUUUUUGGCUGCAAAAUUUAGAUCGCUACCAUCUGAAAAAAAUAUUACUAACAAAUUUUUUAGUCUUGCAGGUAUUAUGAGAAAAUUUGCUGUUUAUCCAAUCAAAAGUAUUUGGCCAACAAUCUUACCUACUUUGGCAUUGAAUAGAGCUUUAUUAGCACCAGAAAAAAAAGAGAACAUUAAUGGUUGGACAAUUUCGAGGUAUUAUUUCUUUUUCAUUGUGUUUUUUGCUUCAUUCUUAUAUUAUUGGAUUCCUGAUUAUCUUUUUCAAGCACUUUCCACAUUCAAUUGGAUGACAUGGAUAAAACCUGAUAAUUUGAAUCUCGCUACUAUUACAGGUAUGGCUACUGGUCUUGGUUUAAAUCCAAUUUCAACAUUUGAUUUUAAUGUUAUACUUAUGAACUCACCUUUGGAAACUCCAUUCUUUAAUUACGCUAAUUUGAUGGUUGGUAUGUUUAUUUCAUUCUUUGCAAUUGUAGGUGUUUGGUAUAAUAAUUAUAAAUGGGCUGGAUAUGUUCCUAUAAAUUCCAAUCUGUUAUUUACAAAUACAGGUGAUUACUAUAGCGUACGUGCUAUUGUGAAUGAAAAUAGCUCUUUUGAUAAUGAAAAAUACCAAGAAUAUGGACCACCAUUUUAUUCAGCUUCCAAUUUAGUAUCAUACGGAGCAUUUUUUGCGCUUUACCCAUUUCAUUUUGUGUAUGAGAUUGGUAUACACUAUAAGCAAUUGUGGGACGCAUGUAAAUCAUUUAUCAAAGUCGCUAAAGAUUGGAGAACAUCAACUUAUGAAGGAUACAACGAUCCACAUUCAAUAAUGAUGAGAGCUUAUCCAGAAGUUCCAGAAUGGGCAUUUUUGAUUGUUUUAAUCAUUUCCUUGGUAUUUGCAAUUUUAUGUGUCGAACUUUAUCCUAAAACAGAAACUCCUGUUUGGGCAAUUUUCUUUGCUUUAGGAAUUAACUUUGUGUUUUUGAUCCCAUUAACAACAAUUCAAAGUAGAACUGGUUUUGGUUUUGGUUUAAAUGUUUUAGUUGAAUUGAUUAUUGGUUAUGCUUUACCAGGUAAAGGUAUUGCACUUUCAAUUAUAAAAGCAAUAGGUUAUAAUAUUGAUGGACAAGCUCAAAACGUAUGUACAACCAAAUUUUAAUAAGAUGAAAUAAGUAAUAAAACCAGUACUAACAUUAAUUCAAGUAUAUUUCUGAUCAAAAGAUGGCUCAUUACCUGAAGAUUCCACCAAGAGCAAUAUUUCGAGCACAGUUAUAUUCAAUUUUCAUUGCAUCAUUUAUUCAAUUGGGAAUUUUAAAUUGGAUGUUAGAUGGAGGUAUUAAAGAUUAUUGUAUGCCACACAAUUCUCAAAAGUUUACAUGCCCUGGGUCUACAACAUUUUAUACAGCUUCAGUUAUUUGGGGUGUUAUUGGUCCUAAGAAAGUUUUUAAUAAUUUAUAUCCAAUUUUACGUUGGUGUUUUUUAAUUGGGUUUUUAUUAGCAUUUCCAGCGAUUGCUUUUAAGAAGUAUGGACCUAGGAGAAUAGUAAAAUGUAUUGAACCAAGUAUCAUAAUUGCUGGUUUUAUUCAAUGGGCACCUUAUAAUUUAUCAUAUUAUAUACCAGGUUUGUAUGCUUCCUUUGCUUUUAUGUUUUAUAUUAGAAGAAAAUAUGAAGCUUGGUGGCAAAAAUACAAUUAUUUAGUCUCAACUGGUGUCAAUGGUGGUAUAGCCUUUUCAAGUAUUAUAAUAUUCUUUGCUGUGAUGUAUCAUGAUAAAUCUAUUGAUUGGUGGGGUAAUUCAGUUCCGUAUGUUGGUUUGGAUGGUGCUGGUAUAUCAAGAUUGAACGCUACAUUACAAGCUCCAGAUGGUUAUUUUGGUCCAAGAGAAGGCCAUUAUCCUUGA